AUGACCUCCAUAGGCACGGGCUACGAUCUCUCCAACUCCGUCUUCUCCCCCGAUGGCCGCAACUUCCAGGUCGAGUACGCAGUAAAGGCGGUCGAGAAUGGCGGCACGGCGAUUGGCAUUCGGUGCAAGGACGGCGUGGUGCUUGCGCUGGAGAAGCUCGUCACCAGCAGACUGCUCAAGAAGGAGGCGAACAAGCGGAUAGCUACGGUGGAUCGGAAUAUCGGUGUGGUCCACUCUGGCCUCUUACCCGACGGCAGACACUUCGUAUCUCGCGCGCGCGACGAGGGGCAGAGCUGGCGCAGCACCUACAAAGCACCCAUUCCCGUCUCAUCACUCGCCAACCGCAUGGGCUCCUACGUCCAGGCAUUCACCCUCUACUCCUCCGUACGACCAUUUGGCAUCACCGCGAUUGUCGGUGGCUGGGAUGCAGAGACCGACGUUGAUGUGGACGGCGUAGUUGGAAGCGGACCAAAGGUGGGCGCAGGUGGAAAGACCAAGGGUGUGAAGGAGGGUGGUCCAUACCUCUACAUGAUCGAGCCGUCAGGGCUGUACUGGGGCUACUACGGCGCUGCGACUGGAAAGGGCCGACAAGCAGCCAAGGCCGAGCUGGAGAAGCUGAAGCUGGACCCCAAGGACGGCGAAUGCAUCAGCUUGGAGGAGGGUGUCAAGGAAGCGGCGCGCAUCAUCUACGUUGCGCACGAGGACAGCAAAGACAAGGAUUUCGAGCUUGAGAUGACUUGGAUCAGCGCUGUCAACGGCCCCACGAAGGGCAGACAUGAGGAGGUGCCCAAGGCGCUCAAGGAAGAGGCCGAGCGGCUCGCCAAAGCAGCAUUGGAGGGUGAAGACGAGGAUGAGGAGAAGAUGGAGGAGUAA